AUGGGUUUCGUUGAAAUCGAACUGGCCACCAAAGUCACUCGGAGGCACGGCUCGUCUUGGAGUUUCAGGGCAAAGCGUGACGACACCUUAGAGUUAGUGCAAGGACUCUAUGAUGGCGGUGACGGCACUGAAGAGGUGCAGGCUAUGCUGGAAUCAAUGCGAAGAGGCCAAACUCGCAAGGAGCAUCCUUUGGGCUCUGAGCGGCGUGUCAGCUACUCUACGGCGGCUCCUUGCGACAAGCGCGCCGAAGAUCUGACUGAGGACACGUGGAAGGAUUGCUUCGAUUGUGAGCAGGUUGACGAGGAUGCCGAGGCGGACGAGCUUGGCGGCAUGACCGAUGCCCCGCCGGGUGCCAGCCUCGUUGUUUCCUCUGCUGAGGGCGCUGCGACGGGACAGGAGCUUGAGGCGACCACCGCAGGCACAAAGAGGCAAGGCUCGGAGGCUGCACCAAAGAAGGCUGCAGUCCCACGGCUGCAUGCCCCGGACACAUACCUUGAAUACUGGGUUGGACAAGGGCGGCCCACUGUACAGGCGAAGCCUCAGGAUGACGCUGCUUCUUAUGAGGACUUCCUAGCAGAAGCGGUAAUGAUUGGAUCAUACGCCGGAGCCCUGGAAUUGCUGACUUACUGCUUCAGUGAGAAAUGUCGCGCUUGGGUCGGCGCUCCUGCAGGAGAGGUCUGGAAUUUCAAUCCAACGGGAGCUGAUCAUAACAUUUUCUUAUGGUUCAUUGGCAAGCACUAUGAGUACUAUAAGGAUGCUGUCGAAUCCGAGUGGGCUACCAGGAAGAGAUGCCAGGAUGAACAGGGAGGUUUGAAACCGCAGCCACUUCGUGGCAGCGGCGCCAUGCGACGGCCCAAGCAACGCGCCGCUUCUCCUUGCAAGACUGCCCCUGCUAGGAGAGUACGCGUUUCGCUCAGUGACUUUGCUUCGACGGCAUCCAAGACGAGUGGCGGGCCACAUUGCGCUUCUGCUGACCCGAUGGGCCGUGAGCCUGCGCUUGAGUCUGAGAAAGAAGGCUCCGAACCGCGUCCACACCGCGGCGGGGGCCCAUUGGGUGCUACACUUAGUUCUGGGCUUCACGGUGGCGGCCAUAAGUCUGCCUCUCUUCGUCUGUCGGAUUUUGCAUCUGAGCCUUCGGUUCAUGUGAAUGGCCCGAUGUUGUGUAGCGCUUCUGACCCUGGUCACUUUGCCGAUCCAGGAUUGACCGUAAAGGAUAGCAAUCCGGAUGAACAAGGACCCAACUCCUGCUCAACGGCCGGUCCCGAGCAGGAUCAACCCCAUAGGAUACCCGACCCUAAGCUUCAUGUGUUUUGGCCCACACCUGCUGAGCCUCGCAUUCUUCGAAAAGAUGCCGGAACUGAGGUGAGUGCCAGUACUGUCCUGAGGCCAGCCAUUAUUGCACCGAGACGACGGCUGCUGGGCAAAACGCGCCCCUGGCUAUCGCUGAGCGCUGUGGCUUUGCCUGUUGAUCAGCCCCCCAACCAUGGGGGUACUUCAAUGUCGCAGGUUGCUGAGGCUUUCGAUGUGACUGAGCUCCCAGUCCCUAAGGACCAGCAGAAUCAGCAUCGGCAGGACCCACGACGUGGCAAGUCACACUAUCUCAUCGACGGGCAGUGCCAGGCGGUUUGUCACCUGUGCCCCUUUAGGAGUGUGCAUGCUUCAGCUGCAAAGGCCAACCAGGCCCACGUUGCACACUACAAGAGUGCACAUCCUGAUGAUGAGCGGCCCCUUGCACCCCGCCCUAAGCCCAUUCAGCUUCGCGAUGUCUCUGAGGAGGACCCGGCAUGCAUCACGUGGCAGUGCCGACUGUGUCAUCUUGGCACGACUGAGGCGACAUCCGAAGGCCGAUUGCGCUAUGCUGCCCGCGCCCACUUUGGCAAAAGUCACCCAAAGGCUGGGCGCAGGAAAGGACCGCAGGGCACCAUGGCUCGCACAGUGGUCCGAAAGCGACUCCGAGCCAGUGCUAGGACCACGAGCCUGAAUGCAGGCCUCUCCAAGCGCUGGCAUCGUGAUACGGAUGGCUGGCGCAUCUUUUCAUGGCCUACAUUUCGCCGCCGCAAGCGCCGGGAUACUAGGCUCAGGUUUGGAGUUGUUACGGCUUGGCAGUGCGUUAAGUGCAUGAAGACAUCGCGCGGAUGCAAACCCCAGCAACACCAGUGUAAACGAAUCCCCGAGCCACGCAAUGAAGCUCGGCUUAGUGUCCUCCAACGGGACCGCGAGGAAGCGAUUGAGAUGACCCGCAGUUCACGAUUAUCAGAAGUGGUGUUCGUGAGCAAUUACCAAGAGUGCGAGGCCCAGGUGGUAUCCUCCCGAGGUAUCACAGUGGGCACCCUCAACGUUGCAAAGCUGGGCACAGCUAGACUCAGCUCUGCUAUUGGCCUUGCCGACGGAGCUGAUGUACUUUGCCCCCAGGAGGUGAACGUCAAUGCUCAUAGCCGUGCUGGUUUCGAGCGUGUGGGCCGUGCUGCGGGCUAUGACGUUUACUGGAGUGAUUUUGAUGAUGAGCUUCAGGCUUAUCGCGUGUGCAUGUUGUGCCGAUUGCCGGCUCGGCAUGUGAGCUUUUUCCAACAAAACAAUCGUUCCGUCUCGGUGAUCGCUGAGGUUUCCGACUCCGAGAACCGCUUUAUCAAGUUUCGGCAGGAGGUUCCUCCUCCCCCACCUGUUCUGGAUUACGACAGUGUCUGCGAAGAGGUCGGCGAUCAGCUGGUCCGUUCCUUUGCAUCUGAGACUGAGGUCAUUGUUGCGACGGAUGGGUCUGCCCACCAGUUGGUGGCAGCUUUCUCGAUUGUCUUCACGGAUCAUGAAGCUUCUGUGUGCAGCGGUCUCCCCUCGGAGGACCAAACAGCUUUCAGGGCUGAGCUUGAGGCGAUUUACAUGGUGAUUCGUGCUGCCUUGCGAGUGUGGGACAGGCGCUUCCCUACCAGGCGCCUUGUUAUAGUUUCUGAUUGCCAGUCUGCCAUUGACAUAGUCCAAGGGGCUUUAGGUUCUGUACCGAUCUUAGCUCGCCGGGUGCAUGCUGACAUCAGCCGAAUCGCUCGUGCAUUGAUGUGGAGUUGUGGUGGGUCCCAUCCCAUGGCAAGCAGUCGCAUCGCUUCGAUACGAAGGGACGCGAAGCCCAGCUCAGGGCCUGGAAUGCGCACAGACAGAGCUGCUGCUACUGAGAUGCGCCGUAAGUGGCAUGGCUUUCUCAGGCAAUCGUGGUUUGUCCAGGAGAAGACGGACCAUGACUGGGAAGUGGCAGCUGUUUCAGGCUUGCAAAGACCUUCACAGCUCUACCUGGACCACGCGGGCUACGACUACCUGGCCACCGCCGCCCACUUCGCCGCCGAGUCCUCCACCGGCACAAACGUGAACGUGUGCACCACCGACGACUUCACGAAGUCCGUGGAUGCCCUGGUGUACUACAUCGACCCUGACAGCGAGGAGAUGAACGGGCGGCUCACGAGAGGGGGCCAGCGAGCGGAGGGCCUCUGGAAUGUUACGGCCGCAGACUUUCACAAGGCGGCCCAGGGGCGAAAAGGCUCUGCCGAGGGCGCGAUAUGUGCAUUGCUCGAGCCAGCACGGUGGACAGGGAUGAGCAGUGGGACUGGAAGUGUCCUCUUUGUGAUUGGGGUCUUCCUUUGGGGACUCGAGGCCGAAUCUCAGCUGCUGCCUUUGGGAAGGCUCGCGACCAGCAUCGCAAUCGCAUGUGCGCCAGGGUUCGAUGCUGGAAUGCUGCAGCGGCACGUCGGGCCCAAUCCGGCGAUGAUCUUCAGGGACAGGAUGGAGGCGCGCACUCUGGUGCAUGGCAUCUCCGACGAGCUCUUUGACAACAUUUUUAGGGGCGCGAAUGAUGCGCUGAGCGGGGGAACCAUGGCUUCUGGUGCCUCUUGGAUUGCGACUUGGCGAUCCCGGGGCCUGCAUGCUUUUCUCGGUGACUGUGGUGAGGAGGGGGUGUUUCGCACUUCUAUCCUUGCUCGUUGCCCGGGCCGCGUCAUCAAACUGGAUGUGCGGGAUAGCAGCCGCUACACGGCUGUGUGUUUUGAGUUUCAGUUCGCCUCCGGGAUCCGGAAAGUGAUCGUGGUCAGUGUGUACAGCUACUUCGCUGACAAGGAGGCGGCUUCCGCGUAUGUGGAGGAGAUCGUUUCGUGCCUCAGGGCGCUGGGAACUGACUGGAUGGUUUUGGGAGAUAUGAAUGUGACGGCGGAGGAGGGCCCUAUGGCGUCGCGACUUGCAGCUGGCAUGGCUCGCCUCCUUGACGACCCCUUCCUUGCUGACUGUCCGCUUCCGGCCACGGCUGGGGGCACUCGGAGGAUCGACUACGGGCUCACUGCUGAUCGACUUCAUCCUGUGGGCCUCACGUGGAGGGCGGCUACCGAAACACAGUGGAGUGAGUUGUUUUGCGAGAACGAUUUUAAGCAGUGCCUUGCUGAUCGUGAUGUGGAUGCUGCUUGGACCAUGCUCUCCAAUGUGGCGGAGCGGGUCCUGGCACGUGGUGGUCCCGGCGAUGCUGGCCUGCCUCGCUCGGCUGGUUGGCAGCCGCGUGCGCAAGCCCAGCGCAGCAAGGCGUGCAAGUCUUUCGAGCCGGUCUGUUUGGUUCGACUGCGCAGGCUUUCUCGACGACUUGUUCAGCUGCGGCGGCGUCCUGGUGAUGCUCGACUUCGUGACAUUGCGGCCCGGGACAUUGCGGCGCUUCAGGAGCGAUUUCCUUGGCUAGAUCGCCUCGAUCACUUUGGCAUGGAGGAGCUGGCCCAAUGGGUCUGUGACCAGACGGAGGAGGAGUGCAAGCUGGAGCGCGAGCGGGGCUUCACCAGGUGGCGCGCUUCAUUGUCUUCUUCGAUGAAGCGUCAAACUGAAUGGAUCAAGCGGCGGGCGGCUCUGAAGGUUGGUGCUUUGUGUCCUCGUCUCCAGGAUGUACGUGACCUUCGGCGUGUCGCCAUCCACCCGGCUGUGGUUGUGCAGCGUGCUGAGUCCGAGUGGGUGCCUCGAUGGACUGCGCCGACCGUGCCUUCUGAGCCCGUGGAGGCGAUACUGCAACAGCUGGGGUCAUGCCAGGCCCAACCGGCGACGGUCGAGUUCACGGCUGACAAGCUUCGCAAGUGUGCUAAGCGCAUGGUUGGCAAGGCCAGUGGUCCUGACGACUGGGAGGUUGAGGCGAUGCUGGCGCUCCCUACUGGCUUCUGGUCUGCAUUGGCCUCUUUGUGGCAGUGUGUCUACGAGAAAGCGGUGCUCCCUGGACGUUGGCGUGAGGCCAAGGUCGCUUUGGUGCCGAAGCCCACGGGUGACCACAGACCGAUUUCGAUCUUGAGUGUGGCUUACCGUGUUGGGGCUUCUGCUUUGGUCCGUGAGCUGAGGCCUUGGGCUGAAGGGUGGCUCGGACAUCGCAUCCUUGGGGGAGUCCAGCAGCGAUGCGCCAGAGAUGUGUUCAUCCGCCUCUUCGAAGCAGCGGAGGACCCUGCCAUGAUCUUCAUCGGCCAAGAUGUGUCGAAAUUCUUCGACUCUUUGUGCGGUUCACACGUUGUGCAAGUUCUCAGGCAUUUGCAGGCACCGGCUGCGCUUGUGGAGCUCAUCGGCGCCAUCAUGUCUGAGCAGUGGCGAGUGUUUUCGGCUGGUGGUCAACUUGGGGCGAACUGGUUUCGAGUUGACCGUGGUGCAGCUCAGGGCGACCCCUUGUCGCCGUUACUGGCAGCUGCUGUCAUGUACGUCUGGACGGAGUACGUCGCCGCCUCAGGCGCCGAGUGUGCUGCUGGGCCAACGGUGGCGACACAGCUUGGCUACGACUUCGCGGAGGACCUCGAGCUGUUGGGUGUCUCCGUGCCUUUGACGACGAGUGGGGUUCCUGAACUGGCUCGCUACAACUUCGAGGCUGCUCAUGCCAGGGUCCAGUGCAUCAACGCUGUUGCUCAGUGUAUGGUUCAACGCUCUAGGCAUUUGAGGACGCUGGUUGUCCCCAUGUUUGUGUGGGCUGCGGCUUUCGCCACGAUCCCCAAGGCGGAGAUUUCGAGAUUGGCCAGUGCCAUCCUUGCGGUCACCAACUACAAGCACGCCUGUGACACUCCGGCUUUGGCUGUGUGGGAGGUGAUGGGAUGGCAUUGCCAUCCGGGCUUUGCCCGACACUGGGCGGCGCUCCGUGGCGCCAUGAGUCUGGCAUGUCGGCCGCCGUGCUGGCUGGAAGAGGCUUCUCUGACUUUUGCAGCGAGGAAGUGGCCGUCGUUGCUCCCGGUCGCUGCGGAGGUGCUGCGCGAACUUGGUUGGUGGGCGGACCCUGAGGGUGCGUUCAUUUGCAGACGGGAUCGCUUGGGCACUUUGAGGCGUUAUGCCAUAGGCUUCGACGCGGAGGGUCUUGUUAGAGUGGCUGCAGGUGAGACGGAGGAGCUGGCUCAAGGCUCUGCUUUACCUGGCGUUCCUCGCGGAUCUUUAGUGCUCCUUCAGGGGCAUAAGCAGUGCUACUUCGCGGCGACAGACCGAACUGCACGCAAUUCGGCGAUGGCUACUGGUUGCUCGGUGGCAAAGCUUGGAACUCCGAUCGAUCGACUCCCGAGUCGUCCUCACCUGCUGUGGCAGUGCUCCAACACUGCGACCUUGCGCCCUGGUUGCGCGGCGCCCACAAACCGUGCUGAAGAGCGCUUGCUGGCGCGUGUGGUGCCCGAGAUGCCGGCGUCGCCUGGUGUCGUGGGCAGAGACAUGGACAUUGACAGCUUGGCGGCCCUCUUGGAUGGUCGUUUUGAGGCGGAGGGCAUUGCUUAUGUGGGCUCCGACGGCAGCUCGGUGAUGGCAGUGGCGGCUUGGUCUGUUGCGGUGCACGAGGCUGCCACGGUGGCUGGAGGCGUUGUGGGCGAAGACCAGAGCCCCUACAGAGCGGAGGUGGAAGCGCUGCUCAGCCUGUUUGAGGCCUUGAGUCUGUGUCGAAGAAGGGGCACGCUUGUGGUAGUCAGUGACUGUCAGUCGGCCUUGGCUGCUGUUCAAGGGAAGGGCAAUGCUGUCAAGUUGGUUGCCAGGCUUUGUGAGUUACACUCUCUUUGCUGUGCUCGUGGCUUUUUGAUCCACAUGUUUUGGAUUCCAAGUCAUGGCAAGAUUGCGCCUGCGCGAUGGGUGGUGCCAAUGGGAGGCGAGGCUUUGGCUCGUCAUCUCAAUGAUCGGGCGGAUGUGGACUUUGGCAUCCUGUGGUCACUCUUUGAAAACGUUGAAAACCUGGAGGACAUGUGGCGCAUCCUGGGCAAGGGCACCAGCAACGGUGGCCUCGUGGUGGGCACCAUCAUCCAGCCCAAGCUCGGCCUGCAGCCCAAGCCUUUCGGCGAGGCCUGCUAUGCAUUCUGGCAGGGCGGUGACUUCAGCUACUGUGACACCACCUCCACGUCGGUUGUAGUGGGCUCGGUCUUGCGACUGAGUGCCAAGGUGAUCCUGUUCUGGAUGGCGAUGUGGAUGCUCUGCUUGGGUUUGCAGAGCUUCCUCACGCCAUAUUGGGCAAUCCUUCUUUCGAUCUGCUUUGGCGGUGAGAUCGCGGCGUGGAUUUACAAGAUGCAGUACCGGGCCAGGUGGUGGGAUCCCGGUCCAUCCUUGACUCAUUCGGGACGGAGGCCCAGAACACAUACUGGGACAUCUGGAAAGCACGAGCUCUUCCGGCGGGAUGUGGCCCGAUUUCAGGCCGCACUUCUGCUGCCGCCUUUCGCCGUUUUGCUGGCCUGUGGGUGGCCAGACAGGCGGCUUUUGCGGCAGUUCGAAAGUGUGGCCGAAGUUUCCAGUGGCACAGGAGAGAGCGGCAGCGAGCCCUUGGCCUUUCCUGGCUCCUUCGUCAACGUGGGCUCCUGCGCGGACGGGAUGCCCCAGGUUUCAGCUGCAAGGUUUCUUCCGAGGAGUUCGGUUUCCCUUGUGGCUCAGUUUCUGGACAAGUUCGAACCGCGGGGCGCUUUGGCUCAGCUUUUGGUUCUUUUGAUUUUGGUGCUGACCGCCCUCUACGUGAUCAGCAACUUCGUGGUCGAGAGCCUUUUGUACAGUGCAAGCUUUUACGGCAGGAGAUGGAUGGCGGCAGCAAUGUUUCUCUGGCGCUUCCGCGGCCUGGGUGUGCUCUUUUCUUACGAGGUGGAGGCAGUGACAUCGUUUCUCAGCAAGCACAAGGCGGUGGCGAUGGUCGGAAAGGGGCCGGAGGUGUUUUGGCUAGCGAUGGGAAUGAAGCGAGGGACAAGGAGAGCGGCGACUCUUUGGCUCUCCGUGGUCUUCAGCAUGCUCCUUCUCAGUGCGAUGGAGGUCGAGACACUGGUUCACGACUGCUACAAGGCGGGCGGUGGUUCAGUUGGGGCCGGAGGUGUUUUGGCUAGUGACGGGAAUGAGGUGAUGGAAAUGGAGAGCGGCGGCUCCUUUACUCCCCGUCGCCCGCAUGCUCCCGCUCAGUGCGAUGGAGGCCGUGUUACUGGUCAUCGAAAGCUGCAAGGCGAUGGCGUGGAUGGGGCCGGAGGUGUUUUGGCCUGUGAUGGGAAUGCAGUGAUGGACAUGGAGAGCAAGGACUCUUCGGCUCCCCAUGGUCCGCAUCAUGCUCCUUCUCAGUGCGACGGAGAGCAAGGCUCUGGUCUUCGCCCGUUGCAGGGCGGUGGUUUGGAUGGUGCCGGAGGUGUUUUCGCUACGAGUGCAAGGGAGGAGAUGGAGGGGGGAAGCAUGGCUACUUUAGCCGCCUCGGCUCGUCGUGCUCUCCAGUGCAUCCCUCCUCUCCGUGGUGGAGGUCGUGGCAAGGUUUCGGACGACUACGACAUGCGCGGGGACAAUGCUCUCACAGGACUCCUGCUUCAGUUGCUUGCAGCACCUCAGGCUAAUCUUGCGCAGCAGGUGAAGGCAGUGUUAGCUAAGCAUCAGAAACAGCAGAAGCGCCGAUGGGGCGCUCACGGAUCGCGGCCUGCUCCCCAGCCUGUCCCAGCGAAGCAGUCUUUCUAUGGUUCCACUGCCUGGCGUGAUAAGAGUGCACCGUGGCACUCAAAUCAUCGCGAUGACUGGACUCCCGAGCCAGCUGCUAGUGCUCCUUGGCCCGCAAGCGGUCAUGAGAACAGUGAAUCAAGCUCUAAGCGCCGAUGGACAAAGCGGCGGGGCGCUGCGGAAGCGCCGUGGACUCAUCACAUGUGGGCACUUCGUGCCGAGGAUUGGGCUGCCCAGGGGGAUGCAAAGUUGUAUGUUACGAACUCUCUCGAGGUCGCCAAUCUCGAGGAAGUGGCACAGGCCUGUGACAUGGCGGCCAGUUCCAAGCAAGCGUGUGCAACUAUCGUGUUGCAAGGUGCGGCCCUCUCUCAGGAUCAAGUCACGGAUCUCAUGGAAUCUUACGGCAUGGUCGUUGCGCAUACUAGGAUCCCUGGCAAGCUUGGCUCCAAACUGAGCAUCCGAUCCUGUAACCUGUUCGGAUUCGGAGCCGACUGGCCUCGCCUGCGUACCAAGAAUGCGCCUACGGUGACUCUCGACACUGCUCGAGAGAGUUGGGUCCUUCGGCUUUCUGCCCAUUGGAAGUAUAAUCACACCGAUUGGAGCAAGUUUCGCAAGCAACCCGGGGCUCUCGCGCGCCGUUGGAUGCAAGCUGUCUUGCCUGUGGCAUCUGACAACAUAGGCGACUCCUGGCAUUGGCAAGAGGGUCGUGAUGGCCUGCAAGGCCUGGUGCGGAUCUUUGAUCCAGACCCUGCCACUGCCGUGCUUCAGGCUUCGGGUUCGAGCCACGUUGACUCAGUCUUUUUCGCUGACCCUGUUGGAGCUCCACCUCCAGGCUUCGAUGACUUGAAAGUCUUGUGGUUACCAUGGAAUGGUGACGAAUCGUGGUUUGAGCGCUCUUUUUGGACCUUCAGAGCGCUGCGCGCUGACGGUUUGGAGCUGGUCCAGGGCGCGUACGAGCAAGGGGGAAUUGAGACGGAAGUCCAAGCGGUGUUGGAAGUCAGGAGACGAGGUCCCCGCACUGACAAAGUUUCCCUGGCGCCUGAGCGGCGCACCCGGGGGUCGGGUCAGACACUCUACCCCAGCCGCGAUGCUGGAGCAGAUCCUUUCGAGAGCCUCAAUCUCUUCGAUAUGGAUCUUGACGAGGAGGGUGACUUGACUGUGGACGACCAAACUGUGCAGCUGUGUGGUGCGAAACGGCCCGCAGGCCCGCCGGAGCCCAGCUCAGCUCGGCCUGCCUCCUCGCGCCAGAAAACGGAGUGGACGCCCACCGGGCGUGUGGUGCCCAACCUGGGGCAUGGAGACUGUCUCUUCCAUGCCAUUGCUCAGGGCCUCACCGAGUUUGGGGAGCGUGGGUCUAGUGGGAAGCCUCGCUCACACAGGCAGCUUCGUGCCUUCGUUGUCGGUGUGUACAAAAAGCAUCGAGAUCAAUACCGAGAUCUGUGGAUCAAUCAGGGCCGUGUGGACCCAUCGGGCACUGAGCAGCCUGAGUCCGCCACCUUUGAGGCGUACACCAACGCCAUUGCUUCAGCUUUGGAACUCAACGCCUACUGCGAGGCGACUGCCACUGAGGCCUGGGUCGUGUCCGACGGCGUCGUGUACCACUUUAACAGACACGGCAAAGCCAAGGGAUUGUUUUUCCGCCACAAAGAUCGCCACUACGAGCUUUUGGUCGGAGCGCAGAGGGACCAAUGGGUCGCCCGUAAACUUCAGCAAGACGAAGAGGGCGGACAAAAGUUGCCGCCCCUGCGCGGCGGCGGCACUUCUGACUGUGCUGCCUCCUUGCGUGCACCCGCGCUGCUUCUUCGCGUUCGCUGUGCUUAA